AUGAAAUUCGCUGCUGUUUUAUCACUCGCUUCUGUUGCAUUGGCAAUCAAUGUGGAACAAAUCAGAUUACUCAAUGACGACGAAUUGAUCAUCCAAGAUGCUCAAUACGGUUUCCCAAAAAUCGUCAACUUGGCCCAAGCUGACUCUGAGGAUGAAGCUGAGGUUGAAGGCGGAAAAAAGAAGGAUAAGUCAACCUCCAAAACCACCACUGCUUCAACCUCAUACUCCACCAUCUCAUCGACUUCAAAAUCAACUUCAACUACAACAACCAAGUACUUGACCACCUCAGAGUCAUUGUCCACCACUACAAAGACCAAGACCGAUAAGCACGGUUCAACCUCUAAGAAUACAAAGACCAAGACAUACUCCAUCACAAAGACCGCUGGUGCCGAGGCUGUUGCCGCUGCUAACGUUGGUGGUCCAUUGUUGUUUGCAUUGGGAUUGUUAUUGUAA